AUGUCUAAAAUUGAUUCUCAAAAAUUGUCAAAUAUAUCUCAACAAUGGAAUUUAAAAGACAUAGAAAGUGGACAUGGAAAGCAGAUUGUGGAUGUGCUGGAUGGGAAAGAAUUGAUUAUUGGUAAAAUAAUUGAAAAUAGGACUGAAUUUUAUGUGGAAAGGAAGUUCAUUUUUGAGGGUCAAGUCAAUAAUCUUGGUGCUAUGAAGCAUUACAAUGUUUAUGAAGGCAUGGAUGAAGUAAUUUACAGAACAGAUAAGAAGAGAAUCUUUGUGUUGUCAUCAGAAGCUGGUGCCGGCAAGACUGUCACUUUUGAACAGCUUACAAUGAGGAUUAAGAGGAAGUAUCCAAUGAAGUGGGUCAGUUAUGUUGAAUUAAGGAAUCAUACGGAGUUGUUUGAGUCAGACAUGACCCUCGUGGAUGUUUUGAAGAGAAUCUUAAGUUUGGACCUUAAAAAUGAAUUUGAGGUGAGAAUGUUUGAAGAAUUGUACAAGACUGGGGAUGUAGUCAUCCUCUGGAAUGGAUUUGAUGAAGUUUCACCGACUUAUAGCAAAUUUGUGCUUAAUUUAAUCCAGAACAUCUUUAAUAGUACUUUAAACAUCCAGUACAUCUGCACUAGACCUUUAUACUCUAGGCAAAUCCAAAAUAAGCUUAAUUUCCAUCCAUACCAGCUGAUUCCGUUCAAUAUUAAUGAACAGAAUGAAUUUUUAACAAAAUUGUUUAAAACCCAAAAAGUCGACAGCGAUAAAAUUGAAGAAAUUGUCCAAAACAUUCAAAAUAUAUCCAAAAAGUUAAAGCUUUAUACUCCAUUGAUGCUGAAGCUGAUCUCGGAAGUCCAUGAAGAUCCAAAAUUAAUUAAAUCUGAAAAUUUCUAUAAAAUUUAUGAAAAAUUUGUGAGCAAAAAAGUCAAAAUUUGGCAGGAAAGAAUACUGGUCCUCAACAUUUACUCCUCAACAAACAGUUCGGCAGUUUUUAAAAAGUUUCGUGAUGAAAAUUUACAGCUGCAAGCAUUUCAAGAUAAAUUUGCAAACUUAAUGCAACGUGGAGUGCCACAAAUGCAAGAGGCUAAGUUUGUUGAUGAUUUGAGUGAAAAAGAACGUGCGAAAUUGCUUGGACUUGAUGAUGGAAUUACAGAUGAAGCGAGAAGAAUUAUUAAGGAACUGAAUUUUACAAAUCCAGGAGAAAAUGGCGAACCUGUCAUAAUUCCUGAAAGUGCCAGCGAGGAUAUUAAAAAAUUAAAUCAAAGUUAUUAUGAGAAAUAUCUUUACAAUGGACUAGCAUCAAGUUUAAUCAGCCUCAAUCGAGCAUUGCCUGACAAACGAGAUGAUUAUUGCAAAAAUAAAAAAUAUCCAGAAGAUUUGCCAGUUGCAUCAAUUGUUAUUCCAUUUCAUGAUGAUGAUUGGAUGUUACUAAUGCGUUGUAUCCAUUCAGUGAUGUUGAGGACACCUGAUCAUUUAUAUAAUGAGAUUCUGCUGUCUUAUGACCUCUCGGAUCGUGAAUAUUACCAUGAAGAGCUUAACGAAUAUAUCAAAAAAUAUCCGAAAAUUCGAAUUGUUCGUUCACCAAAGCGACAAGGAAUCAUUUUGACUAGAAUUAUGGGAGCUAGGAAUGCAAUCGGACCUGUUAUUGUGAUGGUCGAUAGUCACUGUGAAGUUACACCUGGAUGGCUUGAACCAAUUUUAGCAAGAAUCAAAGAAGCUCCGAAUUUAAUUGCAUGGGCAAAAACAACUGGGAUCAGCCCAGAUACACUAGAGCCUCAUUUAGGUCCAGAUCCAGGAGCAUUAGGCACAUUUAGAUGGGACAUGGGAUUUGAUUGGAUGGACAUUAAAUGGUACGAAGGGGACAAACCUACACCAACUUUUGAACCAAAACCAACACUGACUUUUAUCGGACCUUGUUUUGCGGUUAGAAAAGAUUAUUUUCAUCAUAUUGGACUUUUUGAUCCGGAAUAUGACAUUUGGGGCGGUGAAGAUGUGGAACUAUCAUUCAGAGCGUGGAUGUGCGGCGGUCGUGUUGAGAUGAUUCCAUGUGCUGUGGCAGCUCAUAUGUUCAAGAGUCACACAUACUCACACAACAGUAAAGGCAAAGGUGGUGCUCGAUUUAACACUGACAGAAUAGCUGAAAUAUGGCUUGACGAUGAGUAUAAGAAGUAUUAUUACAAUGCCAUGGGACAUACAAAGGAUCGAUAUUAUGGAGAUAUAACCGAGAGAAUGGAAUUAAAGAAGAAGUUGGGCUGUAAAUCCUUCAAAUGGUUUCUUGAGACAUUGCAUCCAAAGAUGCCACUUCCUGAACAUGUAAGAGACUUUGAUGAGGAGGAGAGACAAAAAGCUGAGCAGAAAAGAAAAGCUGAAGAAGAUCAAAGGCAAAGGGCUGAAGAGGAACAGAAGAGAAAGAACGAAGAAGAGCAAAAGAGGAAACAAGAAGAAAUACGACUAAAAGACGAGGAAGAACAGAAAAGAAAUGAAGUUGAGGAACAAAGGAAACUAGAUGCUGAUAAGCUGCAAAAGAAGGAUUAG